AUCGAUUGAGGCACUCACUACCAACCGAUUGCUGCUGGCACUAGAUAAACACAUGAGCACUCCUACUAUAUACUGAUCAGAUGUGAUGUAGUGGAGUAGGAUCGAGCAUUCCAGUUCCAGCAGCUGAUCGUAUUAGCUUAGCUUGCCGCACCUCAACUGCCAAAAGCCAACGUACAAGCAAGCCAUCCAUGACAGCGUCCUCCCAACCAUCCAUCUUCUUCUCUGCUACUGCUACCUAUAGUCGAUAUAUCGAUCGUUUUCCUCCUUGCUCCGUCCAUCCGUCGUCCUUCAAUUCGCCUCAGUCGAUCGCCCUCCGGUUUUAAUGACUCACUCCAGCUCCAGCUAUCGAUCGAUCAGAUAGAGGGAGGUGAGGGGCCGGGUAUGGAGUUUGUAGCCGUGGCCGUGGGACGCCGCACUCCGCCGCCGCCCGCCCAUCCUCAGAGCAAGAGAACAAAGCCCGCGCAGGCGCAGAGGCGAGCGGAUCUUGAGCAGGAGGUGGCUGAGCUGAAGAAGCAGUUAGGGAACGAGCAGGCGGUGCAUGACAUCCUGGAGCGCGCACUGCUGCACCCUGACACCACCAUCACCGGAUCAUCCCCCUCCCCCUCCCUCCUCCGCAACAUCCCCGCAUUCAUCCCGCCCAAGGCCAAGGAGCUUCUGGCAGAGCUUGUGCUGGUGGAGGAAGAGAUUGCGCGCCUCGAGGCUCAGAUCAUCACCAUGAAGAAGCAGCAGGCGCCCAAUCAUCCUACUGCUACGACUAGUGCAUUAUUGCUGCAGCCACCAAGCAUCGACAGUACUAAUGGAAAAGGAAAAGAUGCCAACAUCAAGUCCAUGUUCUUCAUCAGCCAAGCCAUCAACGCCGACUUCCUCCUCCUCGACCAUCAGCAUCAUCAUCUCAGCCCCAAGCCUCGGAACCAUCCCCACAGUAGCAACAGUGACAGUGACAAUAAUAAUAAGAAGAAGAUGGUGCAGCAGCAGCCCAACAAGCUGUCGGAGAGGAUCGUCAAGUGCCUCAUCUGCAUCUUCAUCCGCCUGCUCAGGUCGUCGCGGGUCGCCGACCUGCAGCAGGAUAACAACACCACCAGUAACAACAGGUCCUCUGCCUCCUCCUCACCACUCACCAGGCAGCCGCAUCAAGGAGGAGGUGGUGGUGGUGGAAGCUUCAGAAUCGACAGCGCCCUCAUAAGCAGGCAGGAGUGCCGGUCGGGGCAGCAGGAUCACUACGGCAUCUUCGCCAUCCAGGACUCCAUUGUCAGAGACAUCGGCCCCUACAAGAACCUCGUCAGCUUCACUUCCUCUGCCUUUGACCUCAGAGGAUUCUCCACCUCUCCCCUGCUCACUAAGCUCAGGGGGAUGCUGGAGGCCUUGCAGCAUGUGGAUUUGAGGUUUCUGACUCACCAGCAGAAGCUUGCCUUCUGGCUCAACAUAUACAACACCUGCAUCAUGCACGGGAUUCUGCACAACGGAUUGCCCUCAAACUCUGAAAAGCUGCUUGCACUGAAGAACAAGGCCACGCUGAAUGUUUCAGGGCAAAAGUUCAACGCGUUGGUGAUAGAGAAUUUCAUCCUGAGACAGCCAUCCAGUGUGAAAGAAGAGCUAUGGAAAUGCGAGGUGGAUGUGGAAGAGCAGCAAGUGAGGGGUCGUUACGGGCUCAACAGCUCAGAGCCCAACAUUCUGUUCGCGCUCUGCUGUGGCAACAGAUCAUCUCCAGCACUACGGAUAUACAAGGCGGAUCGUGUGAUGAUGGAUCUGGAGAAGGCGAAGCUGGAGUAUCUGCAGGCGUCGCUGGUGGUGACGUCGACGAGGAGGCUGAUGAUCCCAAGCCUGAUACACUCCAACAUGCACGACUUCGCAAAGGACAUGGAAUCGCUGGUUCGGUGGAUCAUCGACCAGCUGCCCACGUCGUGGUCGCUCAGAAAAUCCAUGGUUGAUUGCCUCAGGCCCGGCGGGGGCGGCCACCAUCAUCAUCUCAGGAUCCAAGACCUCCUCCUCGAUGUCAUCCCAUACGACUAUGACUUUCAAUACCUACUUCCUAUGUGAUUCUCCUCCUUCCUCACUAUCUGACCAUCCAUCUCUACUUUCUUGCGUUUCCUUUUUCCCGGUAUGAUACGAGCAUCUGCUCUAAUUAUUAUCAUUAUUAUGGUUGCUAUUUGUUUUGCGCCAUAUUAUCUAUCAUUUUUCAUUUCACAGGAAAAAAAUAAAAAUAAUGGACCCUGUUAUUCGUUACGAUUUCUAUUUUAAAUAUACGAUGAUGAUGACUUUUAUGCA